UCUCAUCGGUUUAAUACGUGCUCAAGCAGCUUGUUCGAGUGGACGACGGAAGUUUUUGUUCGCGGUGUGGAAAAACUUUUUGGUGGAAAAUUGAGGACACUUUCGCUGUGUUUCAGCCGCUUUUUUACGGACUGUUUCGGUUUGAUUUUUGUGUGACGCUCCGGCGGUUAAAAUUUUCCGAUUUUCGGGGGUGAAGUUAGUGUUUCGGUCCGGGAAUAUUUCACGAGUGUUGAGGGGAGAAAAAAUUGGUUGCUUGACGAACGGGAAAGUGAAGUGCUUUCUGCGGUGGCGGACGCUCUCUUUGUCGCCGUACGUCGUUUUAUUUGGUGGAAUUACUGCUAGCGAAAAGGUGCCCACCGGAAGAUAUCCAGAUAAGCAGUCUGGUUAGUGUCAGUUGGCCUUUGUGGCUCCAAAUUUUCUGGUGACUGGUUGAGUUUUCUUUUCGUUUUGUAUUGCUGGAAAGUUCGCAAUUUGAGCUGAGGAAAAUUCCGCUGAGGACGAAGAAUAAGGGAGAAAAGAGUGCAAAGAAAGAAGAGGAAAAAGUGCCCGUCGAGACGUCUCUUCUCUGGCUCGGUCCAGAAGAAUAACAACAGCAAGUCGAUUUGUGUGACGGAAGAAAAAGCGCCCCCCUUCGGUGGAGAAGACCUCCCCAACAACAAAUUCUACAUUCAGUCGGAUUACCAACCAGAGUGCGUCUUUUGCAAAGAAAAAUCUUGUUUUUGUGUUGUGUUUUGAUUUGGAACACCAAGAGCGGAAAGGAGGACCAAAGUUGAAUCCUCUUGGACGUCUACCGAAGCGAACUGUUUUGAUACUUUUGGGGGAAACGUACGGACUAAAUUUGUUUAUCCAUUGACUCCCAGCGGCCGGAACGAAAUCCACCAAUUCACCAAUGUCAACCGUGUCAGAUCAGCGGAUGAAAGGACAAGGAAAUCACGGUUAUGGUUAUGGCUCGCAGCAGACGACAUCGGGUGCACAGUUCCAAUAUCCUCCGUUCAGCGGUGUAGGCGAAACAACCACGGCCUGGUCGAAUGGGAAUGAAAGUAUCGCUAUAAUAGGUGGAAAUGAUUACAAUAACUCAUGGGGAUCGCAACAAGUGAGCCACGGUCAUGCUGGUGCUGGUGCCGGAGGACAAUCGCAAAGAAAGCAGUACGAUGAUUAUUACCACCGGAAUCAGGGAGCCUAUCACGAUGGAAUUAAGAAUGUUGAGCAAGGAAUGCAGGGACUGGGCCUCGGCUCGAUGCGCCAAAACAGAGACGGCAACCAUCACUCCUCGCAUGGCAACAAUUCACUAUCCAAAUCGGAUCAACAUCACCAGCAGCAGAAGGAAGCUCCCAAAAAGAUGACUUGGGCGUCGAUUGCAUCCCAACCGGCUAAACCGCAAGUGAACACCACGAGUACAACGGUGAAGAAGAAGGGCCCCGGUAUGCCCCCACCACCAAUGGUUCCCGGCAAACACAACAUGGACAUCGGCACCUGGGACUCACCGUCCAAGAACGGACCUAAUGCGAUGGUACCCACGCCUACUCCGCCGCCAAUUGUCCCCCCGCCGGUGGUUGAACCGUCUCCGCUUGCAGAACCACCAACCGUUGGAAAGAGUGGCCCCAAUAAUGCCUCAAUGAUGGGCGGAGCCGGUCACGACGGUGGCAGCGGAAGACACCAUCCACAUCAUCAGCAGCAGUAUCAGCAACAACAGAACAUGGGACCACCACCAGGAGUGCAGAACUCUCGUUGGCCAACACCUGGUCAAGCUCAAAACCCCCUUCCCCAGCAACAGCAGCCCCAACAGUCACAGCAACCCCAACAUCAACAGAACCAAUCGGGGAUGGUGGCCCAACAGCACCAUCCACAGCGAACUGAUCAACGCCAGUACCACCAGGAUAGACCGCAGCAUAACAGCCGCGGUAACUAUUCAGGACCGCCACCAGCGAUGAACCAACACGGUGGCCAGAGCUACCAUCAACCUCCGCCAUACCAUCAGCAGCCACCAGCAAUGCAGCAUCACCACUCUCGGCAGAACCAAAAUCAUCAUGAACCACCGCCAGCUCAUCACCAGCAGCAGCAGCAACCGUCAAAUGAACGUGGAAGCUAUCAGCAGCCACCACCUCAGCAUCGCAUGCCGCAAGACGACAACAGAAGAGGACCAAGCAAUGGGCCUAGUAACUAUAAUCAAGAUAACCAGGUAUCUCAACAGCCGCCACAGUCAAUGGCACCUCCACAACAACAGCAACAACAACAACAACAACAACAGCAGCAACCACAACAAACACCGCCACCUGUACAGCCUCAACCAGUUGUACAACCGCCACAACAAUCUACGCAGCAGCCACCGGUUCAUCCGCCACUCUCUCCUACGCCUAGUGGCGGCGAAGCUGCCUCGGCAAACCCUCCGACGGCAAUCCUCAACCAGUUGCAGAACAAAAACAACUACAAUCCGAACAAUCUUGAUAUGCUCGACACGGCAAACUUGGCCAGAUUCUUCGUAAUCAAAUCGUACUCGGAGGAUGACAUCCACCGAAGCAUCAAGUACGAGAUUUGGUGCUCAACCGAACAUGGCAACCAACGGUUGGAUCAGGCAUAUCGCGAACGCGAAGAAAAAGGAGGCAUGGUGUAUUUGUUCUUCUCCGUGAAUGGGUCGGGACACUUCUGUGGCAUUGCACAGAUGAUGACGGCCGUCGAUUACAAUUCCGUAUCCAACGUUUGGUCCCAGGACAAGUGGAAGGGCACGUUCAAGGUGCGCUGGAUCUACGUCAAAGACGUCCCAAAUGCGCAGCUGAGGCAGGUCCGGUUGGAGAAUAACGAAAAUAAGCCCAUCACAAAUUCGCGCGACACCCAGGAGGUGCCCAAUGCAAAGGGAAUCCAAGCGUUGAAGAUUAUCCACGGCUUCAAGCACACCAUGUCGAUAUUCGAUGAUUUUAUCCAUUACGAGCAGCGACAGCUGGAGGAGAACACCAAGAAGCAUGACCCGCAGCCAUCGUAUCGACCGCAGCAGUACGGCGGAGGGUACGAUGCUCCGAGCAAAUAUCACAACAACUACAAUAAGUAUAACGAUCGCGAUGGCGGCGGUGAUAGUUACAACCGGGGCGGCUAUGGCAGAGAUUACCAGAGCGGUUACAACAAAAGCUAUGGUGGCUAUAACCGUAAUCAGUACAAUCAGGACGGAGGCCGAGGUGGGUACCAAAGUUACGAUAGGCGAAACAAUAACGCUAGCGGAAAUGGUAGCAACAGUGGCGACGAUCGGGACGGUGGUAGCAACUACUCCAGGGAUGGCCACGAGGGAGGUGGUUAUCAACGAAGCUACGGUCGCCCGAAUCGCGAUUACUACGGUAGGGGUGAUGACAACCGCGGUCGGAAUGAUUACCGGGAUAGAGAUGGUGGAUUCAGAUCACGUGACGGAAUGGAUCGCGGUGCCAGUCGAAUGGACGCUGACGGGGGCUCUCGGGAUGGAUUGGACAGUACUAGCGGCGGUGGUGGUGGUGGUGGCGGCUAUCGUGGCGAUUCGAGAGAUAAUUACCGGGUGGGUAACUAAGACGUCAAACUAAGGACCCGAAUGACCAGCAUCCGCAAGAAAGUGGUCGUGGCAACUCGAGAAGCACUCUUUAUCAGCCACAACAGCAGUAGACCCAAUGUUCUAUGUCCGAUGGGGUGCUCUAAAUCGCUCAAGUCAACAGGCGAUAAUAAUGAUGAUGACACACACAUACAGAAAAUCUACACACGAACAUUUUUAAUCACUUGAUUGAUCAGUAAUAUGUAAUAGGAGCGACAAACACAUAUACAGAGACACGUGAUAAGAAAAAAAUAAAGUAAGCAAAAAGAAACUCGUAAAAAUCUUAAAUAAACAGUUAAGUGCAAAAGAUUAUCCGUUAGAGCAAAAAAUAAUAAAAUAAUAUAACGCAACGGAAGAAUUAUGUGUGGGAAAAAAUAAACUGAUAACUAAUUUAUAUCGAAUAAUGAUGAUAACUAUGGAAAACAAAAUAUUUAACAAACGUUAAUAAAACAAUGCUCUUAAAACAAAAUAAAGCACGGCAAAAAUAGUACGACUUGUUAAAUUAUUAUGCAGAAUCAGAACUAAACUUAUUUAAUCCUCCUAUGAAGUAGUCACACAAAGUAAUCAAAGAAGUGAUAACGUAACAUUUUUAUUAUCACACUGAAAAGAACGUCACUAAAUUUGAAAAUGUUAACAUGAUGUUAUGAUAUUCCUACCGGGAAUACUUUACUUUUACUAUUUCUUAACAAAUCAGCGAACAAGCGAAAAACUUUAACAAAGUGCUGCCGUUAGUUACAACCUGAACAAUAGGAAGUCCAAUCGAUAACAAAGAUUCUUGAAGUGAAACAAGAAUGCUAAAGCACAGUUUUUGUUUGAUUUUCUUUUACGAUGUAUUUUUGUAAGACUGGUUGAUCCUAAUCCUGAAUGCGGGAACGACGAGCAACAGGUUCUCAACUUUCCAGAUUUAGCUGCAGAGGAAGCUUCCGCUUUGUCGCUAAUUCCGAACUGUAUCUCCGCUGCUGGACGGUGGUGAUGAAGAUGAUGAUGAUGAAGACGAUUUUGUGCAACAGAGAGAUAAAAAAGACCUAAAUUAGUGCUUUCGAUAGUGAAUAUUUAACGAGAUACUCAACGAGCUCUGAGGCCACAGCGCCCACAGAAGACUGCCGAAGAAGGACUAAACCGGGAUGUGUGUAUAGUUUCAAAGAAAAACAAAACUAAAGGAUUUAACAUUAACGUCGACUGAGCGAAGAAGUACCCUUGAAUCGCAAAAACCUGCUAAAUAAAGACACGUGAACAUAUUGCCAAGUAUUAAGUGUAGUUCAAGCAAGACUUUCCCUUUCUUUUGUGAAGAAACGAAUUUGUUUAUGUUGAUAAUUUACUUUUUAACCAUAACUUAGUGUUUGUCCCACGUUUUAAUCUAAACGAACAAAAAGUAUUCCUCCAAAAGUUGAAAAAUUCAUCGUCAUUACAAAAUAGUCAAGUGGCAGUUCAGUUCAUUUUUCCUGAACAAACUGCCUCGUGUAGCAGUAAAAGGGACACCGGCUUCCCAUCGAAGCAAGACAUGCGUGAAAAAAAAUGGACAUUAAUAGUUCCGUGAAGCGAUCGAAAAGUUAAAUGGACAUGUUUUCUACAAAGCGAAACUGGACACUUUUAAUCAAGUGGAAACCUAUUUGUGAUACUACACAUGUUGAUUACUAGUUUACUGUGAGAGUGAUAGCGUGAGAAAUCCGAAAUCGAAAGUGCGAGUACGUGGCGAAAAGUGGACAGCAGGAGUGAACACGACAAAUGAAAACUCAGUGUCCCCAUCAUCGAUCCGACUCUGCGGCCAUCAGCGGGGAACAUGGAGGCUGUGUGGAUGACAGCGCAGGAGACGAAAACGAUGGUGUUUUUCUUUAGUUUUUUCCCUCGAUGAAGAAAAAGUCAAGAGUAAGCAAAAAUUGUGCUAUUUAAUUCUCAAAUACCAUGUUCACUAUAACCCUACAACUAAAGAUAACUAACGACAAAAAGUUUAAAUUAAAAUUGACAUUUAGUCAAGGAAAUCACUGUUCAAAUUCAUCGGUUCAAAGCUGUUUUAAGAAAACAUUUCUAAUGUUUUUUUUUCUCGUAUAAUAAUAUUAAGAUUAACUUAAAGAUUAUGAAAGCGUAGUAUAAAAUGAGACUCUGAGUUCAAAAUAAAAUAAAACAAAAUGAAACAAAAAAAGCCCAUCUCCAGACCCUACACAAGUCUAGAGCAGCGCGAACGAAACUUGAUGAAAUAAAUUGAGAACACGAAAAAUUUAGAACUUAAUCUAGCAAAAGAAAAAAAAUCAUUAAUCGUGCUACAGAAACAAAAGCAUCAACAUUUACUAUCAAUGUUAGAUAUAACGAGUUUAGGGAAUCAAAUAAAAACUGAUUAAUCAAAUACAUAUUACUGAAGCAAAACAAGAAUUAAGAUGCUUUUUUUGCAUUCAACAAAAAAAAAAAACACCACGAUAGAAACCUACAAAUAAUGCAAGUCUUUAUUUUUAAAUUAACAUAUGAGGAUUUGUUUCACUGUCGUUGGUGGAUUUUCUUGCGAUAAUAUUACAUUCAAUUUACUAUUUUAUUCCUUCCAAUGCGGAUCGGUUUAUUUAUCGUUUGUAAUGAUGAUGAAACUUUAAUAAAAAUGGUUAAUUUUAGAAAUACCAAUUUAUUGGUUUUUCCUCGAUAGGGAAAUAAUUGUGCCGAAAUAAAUUUGUCGCGCCCUUGUGCGCUAAGCUCUAUUUAGCAUAGAAGCGAAUGCGAAAAUGACCAUGCGCAACAUAAAACAGGAUACGAAAAAGAAAAACAAUAAUUUAUCCACAAAGUUUGAUUCUUUCAUCCUCUUUUCAUUUGAUUGAAUUAUUCGUGAUAAAUUGAAACAAAUAUAACUGAUGCAAUGCAGAAAACACAAACGAAACAGCGUAGAACGAGAUGAUUAAUAAAUAUUAAUUGAAAUAAUGAAAGUUAUGCUAAACAAUUGCUAAGAUUUGUGAAAUGAUGCAAAAUGGAACAGUUAGAAAUGACCGAAGGAAGGAAGGAAGAUGUUUAUUAUCUACUGUGAAAAGGAUGUGUACAUAGAGUAAGGAAUAUAAUAAAUUGGAAAAUGUGAGGACGACAGAGUUGAAGCAACAAACUAAUAAAAGGCAUAUUGAUUAUAA